AUGCUUCGGUGGGCAGUUCGGCGAUGCUUGUCGACGGGCCGGGCCGCCUAUGCGCGGUACCCUCGACGGCAUCAGCGCCCGAUGCAGGUACGCGAAGCUGAGCUUCGACGUGAUAUCGCGCAACUGGAGCGUCAGCUGCAGGACACGGAUAAACGAGCGCAGGUUGAGCAGCUGACGCGUCACUUGCCACCCCUGGAUGAGGCGACGCUCGAUGCCAUUUACCAGGAUCUUUUAUCGUCGCCGCCCAGUGAGCUCAGUAUUCCACCGCCCUCGCCCAAAGUGUCGCUGGCUCAACUCACCGCCGAGCUGGGUCUGCCGCCGAUACCUGCGGAUGCUUCCGCCGAUACCCCCGCGGUCGCCGACGCACGGCGCACACAGCGCGCGCAGCUCCUGGCGUGCCUCAGUGACCGAUCCAACAUACCCGCGCCUGCUUGGACGGCACUCGCGAUACAAAGCGCGCGCGACUGCGAUACAGAGCAUGUUCAGCAGGCGCUCUCGUUGGCCGCCCGAGACGGCGUGCCGGUAGCGCCUCUCUUCCAAAAGGUGAUGGAUGUGUAUGCGAGCGCGGGGCACGUCCAUGCUGUGCUCGAGCUGAGUGCAGCGAUGGAGGCACAUGGCAUCGCGCCUAGUGCCGCGUCAAAGCACACAGUCGUCAAGGCCUAUGUGCAGAUGAAUCAAGUCUCUGACGCCGUGCAGUACCUCGCCCUAUGGGAGCGCAGCGAGCCGGCGCCCAUGUCUGCUUACACACUCACGAUCGAGCAUGUCCUCAAGCACCCGGUGCGAGACAUCCACCCGAUCGCAUGGUCGCUGUUCUAUCACAUGCGCUACGCAGCGCAUCCCGUCCCUGAUGCUGUUUUGUACGCAAUGAUGAUCCGUGCGUGUGCGGCGGGUGUGCCCCAGCCAAAUACCAUGCCUUUACGCCGCAAACGCACGAUGGAGGCGGAUGCAGAGCGGGCUCUCGACCUGUUCCGCGAGAUGACCGUUCAUCACGGCGUGCGGCCCAACAAGGAAGUGUACGACAGUCUCAUCCUUACGUGUGCGCGCCGAAAAGACCACUAUGCCGGUGCGCUGCGUCUGCUUCAUGAGCUCGUCGAGGGCGAUCACACGCGGCUGUGGCCCGAUGCUUAUACGUACAAUGCCGUGCUCCAGGGCAGCGCACGGCAUGGCGACCUUACCACAGCUCGGUGGAUCCUGGCAGACAUGGUGCGCAGUGUCAUGGCUGAUGCGCACCGGCUGCGCAGACCGAACGAGGAUACAUUAGCGCAUGUAUUCUGGACGUAUGCCGUGUACCAGCCGCCCAUCGAUCGGCACCAGUUGUCGUCGAUCGAAGCGACACAGUCGAGUGACGCCGAGGGACACGUCGCUGAGGCUGCGCCCUCGCCCACCUUUACGCAUGCGCUGCCACAGACAUCCAGUGACGUUUUGGCAGAAGUGCGUGCCCUCAUGGCUCGCAUUCUGGCGGACCAGGGCCAUGACGAGACAGCGGCGCAUCCACUAUCGUCGGUGCGUGUAUCGCCACGCCUCUUGCAUGCGUAUCUUGCCGUCCUGACGCACCACUUGCCGCCAGAACGCCGCCUUCACGCCCUGGUCCACGAAGUCGAGCACGGUGUCUUUGCGCAAUCACACGUGCAGGCCAACGGGCACACGCUGGCGAUGCUGUUAGGCGAGUGCGCCGUGUCGCGUGAUCGCGCACUCGCCGACGACGUUGCGCGCCGCACAUGGGCACAGUGGACGGAUAUGGAGCGUGCCUAUGCACACACACCCCAACGGCGCCAUCAAGGCAUCGAUGCGAAGCUCGUGUCUCGUAUGUGGGCUCUGAUGAUCCGGCAUCAUGCCAAGAGCUUCCGUAUCGACGAAGGCCUCGAGCUCGUGCGCCGCUUCCUUGAAAUGUACCCUCCAUCCAAGCGAAUCUCACGGCGCGAAGAGCUGGUCGACGCGUCUUUGCCACCGAUCGAUUGGACGCCGACGGUCCCUCCCCCUUCCAUGGUGCGCCUUUUGCACGCACUGCCGCCCAGUCGUGCAGAGGCUGACGCGACAUACGCGCCUCUCGCGCCCCUGCGACCAAAACUGCUAUUCCGCGAUUUAGAGCUCCUGCAUCACCGAUGCGUCGCGGUUCAGCACGUCCCAGGCCUCAACUUGAUCACGCGCACCGAUCGCGAGUACCGUAGAGAGUGGUAG